UGAUGUGGAGCGGAAUACAAGCAGCGGAGCUGGUGUCACGCAACAGCUCCCGGGAAGCCGAAGAAGAUCGAGAGAGAGAGAGAGAGAGGAGGGAGAGAAUCAGUGCAGAGGCUCCCUAGCGAGGGAUGGAACGAUCCCUGGUGUAGAGGCUGCGCUAGCUAGGGGCAGAUAGAACGAUUCCCCGGAGCGAAGCCCGCCAGAUCCCCAGCACUGGAAUUCGCCAGCUUGAGGCAGCACAGGCACCCCCUGCCCGCAGGAACACAAUCCCCGGAGCCGCCCCCCCCCCCCCCACGAAUCGGCAUCCUCUGCAACGACAUGUCCCAUCAGACCGGCAUUCCAGUUUCCAAAGAGCUAAAGGACAUCUUUGCCAGAGCCAGGAAUGGAGAAUUCUGUGUCCUGAAAAUUGUGAUUGAAAAUGAACAACUCAAGGUGGGUGCAUCCAGAGAGUCGGUUACCAGAUGGGACCAGGAAUAUGAUUCAUGCGUCCUUCCUCUUCUAGAGGAACAGCAACCUGCCUAUAUCUUGUAUCGAUUGGACACCAUGAAUGCUCAGGGAUUUCAGUGGCUCUUUAUUGCCUGGUCACCUGACCUUUCACCAGUUCGACAAAAAAUGCUAUAUGCAGCAACAAGAGCAACUUUGAAGAAGGAAUUUGGGAAUAGCCACAUCAAAGAUGAAAUAUUUGGGACAGUAAGGGAGGAUGUUUCCUUAAGUGGUUACAAAAAACACCUUGUGUCACAAAAAGAUCCUGCCCCAUUAACUGCAGCAGAAGAGGAGCUACAGAAGAUUAAGGGUGAAACUGAAAUCAAUGUAGAAACUAAGCAACCAACUUUGCAGGGAGUUACCUUUCCUAUACAGGAAGAUGCUGUACAAGCCCUGGAAAAACUUCAAAACAAAGAGCUUAGCUAUGUACAACUUAAAAUAGACUUUAAUCAUGAAAAAAUAGCGUUGGCAGAUACAACCCAUACGGAGAUAGGAGAUUUACCAAAGCGUGUACCAAAGGAGUCUGCGCGUUAUCACUUCUUCCUCUACAAGCACUCACAUGAAGGAGACUACUUGGAGUCUAUAGUGUUUAUAUAUUCUAUGCCUGGUUAUACAUGUAGCAUUCGAGAACGAAUGUUAUAUUCCAGUUGUAAGAAUCCCCUGAUUGAUAUGGUGGAAAAACAGCUUUCUCUGGAAAUAACUAAAAAGAUUGAAAUUGGUGAUGGCAAUGAGCUGACUCCUGACUUCUUGUAUGAGGAGGUGCAUCCAAAGCAGCAUGCACACAGACAAAUAUUUGCAAAACCAAAAGGUCCUGCAGGCAAGAGGGGAAUCAGACGAUUAAUACGAGGCCCAGCAGAAUCUGACAAAGCUGAUUAAAACUUGCAGUAGCUUCCAAGAUCUUGCUUUAAAAUUUUUUAAAGCUUAAUAGUUAAUAUUAAUUUUGUGUACUGUUGCCAUUCCAUGUCACUUUGCAACCAACUCAAAUCUAUUAAAUCUAUUUUGUUUUG